UUGCGAGGGCUGCACACAACCUAUCGAAUACAACCCAUAACUGUGCGUCGUUCAACCAGAGUUUUCAAUAUAGGCUUUUCGGCGUGCAAAACUGCUAAGAUAAGUGAGAAAAAGCGUUGAAAAAGUGCCGAACCAUGAACACACUGGGUCCUAAAAAGGACGGAAGUCCAAAUAUCGACUUUUUCCAGUCUCCGGAAACGCUACAGGGCUUCGAAUCCAUCCGACAGUGGCUGCAGAAGAACUGCAAAAAGUAUUUGGCCCACAGUUCGGAGCCCAUUACGAAGGAGUCUCUGGCCCAGUUGCUUAUACAAUUCCUGCAGUAUGUGGAGGCUAAGCUCGGGAAGAAUUCGGCGGAGCCGCCGGCGACGAGAAUUCCGAUGCGUUGCUUUCUGGACUUCAAGAGCGGUGGCGGACUGUGCAUAAUUUUCUCGACCAUGUUCCGGUUUCGGGCAGAGCAGCGCGGCAAGAAGUUCGACUUCUCCAUUGGCAAGAACCCGUCGCGCAAGGAUCCAAACAUUCAGCUGCUGAUCGAGAUCGAGCAGGCCUUGGUCGAGGCGGAUCUGUAUCGCAUUCCAUACAUCUACAUUCGCCCGGAGAUCGAGAAGGUCUUUGAGAGCCGGUUGCGUGAAAUCCUUGACAACCGGCGCGUCGAGAUCGUAACCGACGAGGAGGACGCUACCCACAUUGUCUAUCCCAUUGUGGACCCACAUCCGGAUGAGUAUGCCCGGCCGAUCUUCAAGCGGGGCGGCCACGUUAUGCUGCACUGGUACUACUUCCCUGAGUCGUAUGACUCCUGGGCAGUAAACAACUUCGACCUGCCGGAAAACAUUCCGGAGAAUCCCGAGUCACCAGCUGAGCGCUGGCGCGUGUCUGCCUCCUGGAUUUUGGAUCUGGAGCAAUACAACGAAUGGAUGGCUGAGGAGGACUACGAGGUGGACGAGCAGGGCAAGAAAAAGACGCACAAGCAGCGCAUGUCCAUUGACGACAUCAUGUCCUUCGGGGACGAGAAGAAGAAACCCGCUGCCAGCUCCGGGGGCAAGCAGAAGCGAAGGCGAUCUCCCUCGCCCUCCGCCUCGGCUUCCACCUCGAAGCCCGGCAAACGCAAGCGGUCCCCAGCGGUGGUCCACAAAAAGUCCCGGAACGACGACGAUGAUGAGGACCUCACGCGGGACCUGGAUGACCCGCCGGCCGAGCCAAAUGUUCAGGAAGUGCACAAGGCAAACGCAGCGCUUCAGUCAACGGCUAGUCCGGCUCCUGGCGGAAAAUCUCGAGGAGACAACGAUAUGAUGCCCAUCAAAGGUGGCACCAUGACCGACUUGGACGACGAAAUGACAGGCGGAAGUGCCGCCCAGGCCAUGUCCACGGGCGAUGGGGACAACUCACAAACCGGAAAGACAAGCGACAACAGCAACACGCAGGAGUUCUCGUCCUCAGCCAAGGAGGACAUGGAGGAUAACGUAACAGAGCAGACGCACCACAUCAUCGUGCCGUCGUACUCAGCCUGGUUCGAUUACAACUCCAUCCACGUAAUCGAAAAGAGGGCUAUGCCAGAGUUCUUCAACAGCAAGAACAAGUCCAAGACGCCAGAAAUCUACAUGGCUUACAGGAAUUUCAUGAUAGAUACAUACAGGUUGAAUCCAACAGAGUAUCUGACCAGUACUGCCUGCAGGAGGAACCUGGCAGGCGACGUGUGCGCCAUCAUGCGGGUGCACGCCUUUCUCGAGCAGUGGGGCUUGAUCAACUACCAGAUAGAUGCCGACCUGCGUCCCACGCCGAUGGGACCGCCUCCGACCUCGCACUUUCAUAUUCUUUCGGAUACUCCCUCUGGGCUGCAGGCCAUCAACCCGCAGAAGACACAACAGCCCUCGGCGGCCAAGACUUUGUUGGACUUGGACAAGAAGCCCCUUGGCAAGGACGCGGAGCUGGUGGACAAGAUCAAAACAGAGACCCUGGAGAACGGAGCUGCCGGAGGACUAAGCUCUGGAGUGAGCCAGUUCGGCCUAAAGCUGGACCAGUAUGCUAAGAAGCCUGCGGCCAUGAGGAACCGUACGGCGGCCAGCAUGGCCCGUGAAUGGACAGACCAGGAGACGCUCCUGCUGCUCGAGGGACUCGAGAUGCACAAGGAUGACUGGAACAAGGUCUGCGAACAUGUGGGUUCCCGCACUCAGGACGAGUGCAUUCUCCACUUCCUGCGGCUGCCCAUUGAGGAUCCGUAUUUGGAGGACGAUGGUGGGUUCCUGGGGCCCCUGGGCUGUCAGCCGAUUCCGUUCAGCAAGAGCGGCAACCCCAUUAUGUCCACAGUGGCCUUCUUGGCCUCUGUAGUUGAUCCCAGAGUAGCAGCGGCUGCCGCCAAGGCUGCCAUGGAGGAGUUUGCCGCCAUUAAGGAUGAAGUGCCCGCCACCAUUAUGGACAACCACAUGAAGAACGUGGAAAAGGCAUCGGCGGGUGGGAAGUUCAAUCCAAACUUUGGUUUGGCCAACAGCGGCAUUGCCGGAACAGGAAACGACAAGGAAGAGGAGGAGGGCAAGGAGGGAAGCGGUUCCACGCCAGCGGCUGGAGCAGAUGAGGAAAUGAAAGAUUUAAACAAGAAGGACGACGAUGCCAAGCCCAAAGACAAGACGAAAUCGGAUAAGACCAACACGAACACAGACUCAAACUCGAGCUCCACCUCAUCAUCGGCGACGGGCAACACCACCAACAACACGGACAACAAAAAGAAAGAGUCGUCCGACAAGUCCGCCACCAAGCCAGCCACUGACAAGUCAAACAAAUCCUCACCCACAGACCCAGCGGCCGGCGGCGACGUGGACAUCAAGACGGAGGAUAGCAGCGGCGAUGGCGAGGCCAAGGACGGUGCCGAGCCCAAGGAGGCGCCGGUGUCUGGAACAGGUUCGGGAGCAGGAGCUCCCGCGAAGGAGGGAGCCUUCAGCGAGAACAACAUGCAGACGGCGGCGGCAGCUGCCCUGGCAUCCGCAGCAGUGAAGGCCAAGCACUUGGCUGCUCUGGAGGAGCGCAAAAUUAAGUCCCUUGUGGCGCUGCUGGUGGAAACGCAGAUGAAGAAGCUGGAGAUUAAGUUGCGGCACUUCGAGGAGCUGGAGGCCACCAUGGAGCGCGAGCGGGAAGGCCUGGAAUACCAGCGACAGCAGCUGAUCACCGAGCGUCAGCAGUUCCAUUUGGAGCAGCUCAAGGCGGCCGAGUUCCGGGCGCGCCAGCAGGCUCACCAUCGUCUUCAGCAGGAGCUGCAAGGCCAGGCAGCUGCCGCCGGCGGCAUGAUCCUGCAGCAGCAGCAGCAGCAACAGCAAUUGCCACAGGCGCAGCAGCAGCUACCACCUCAACAGCAGGUCCUGCCGCCGCACCCCCAUCCGCAUCAGGUGCCACCACAUCCGCAUCCCCACCAGGCACCGGUUCCGCCACAGUCGCAACCUCUACCGGGACCAGUCCAGCACCAGCCACUGCCGCCUCACAUAGUCGGACCCGUGGCACCGCCCCCUAACGGGGCUCCUUUCGCAGCGCCCCCUAUUGUGCCCGCCGGAUGUCCUCCCAGCGGACCAGGAACCCCUCUCCCGACCAACGACCAGUCCGGAGCAGUUCCUGCCGCGGCGGCUUCGCAAUCUCAGGCCCCAACUCCCAUGGACACUACGCCGCCGAGUAGUUCUCCUGCGGCAGAACCCACUGGCGCCCCACCAGGAUCGGCGCUACCACCUGCCGGUAGCAUUCCCCCCGCGAGCGCUCCUUCCGCCGCAGCCCCCGGCGCUCCACCAUCUUAAUUUUAAACCCUAUGCGUAAGCCAGCAAACGUUAAAGUAACUAGCUCUAAGUUAUGUGCUCUCAGUAUGUAUUAUGUAUACUCCCAACCCAACCUCUUGUGUAAUCUGUGGACUGUCCUCCCCCCGAUUGACAUGUCUCCCCCACCCAAUUAUCCCCUAGUUUUGUGUGUAUUUAGUUUCGUGUCCGUUUGCAUCCAGGCCAAGCAACCAUUAUGCACAAUUAUGUGAACCAAGUUUCGAAUCUGAAAACUAUGGCAUUCAAUAAAAAUCUAAUUAAACUUCAAAUUCAAA